AGACUCCGGCUGGCUGGCUGCAGCUCUGCGUUUCCGUGUUGGUUGUGGGAAAAGAGGGGGUUACAGAGAGGGGGUGAGAUUGACUAAAUCGGCUUGGAUUACGCUGUCAAUAGCAUCUUUUCUAUGGAUGAGGAGUAGUAUCGGAUGAAGAACGCACCCGUUGUCAAAGAGGGAAACUUGUUUUUGGGUAUAUUUUGACAUGGAGUGUGCCGUGACAACACCCCCUGACAUGUGAGAUUUACAGAGCAAUAUAGCUUGGUAGAAGACUGCGAUUGUGUGGCUGUUGCCAUCUCGCUUAUCCAUUUAUGGUUGCUCAUUUGGUCCAGUACUUGUCGCGAUCCUCGUCUGUAUUGGGGGAAAAAUGAAGAAGUUUAAUAUCAGAAAGGUGCUAGAUGGUUUGACGAACGUGUCAUCCUCCUCCUCCGCAUCACCUCAACCGGGAAACAGGGAAAAUGACACAAUUCAGGAGAACCUGCAGUCGGAGCAUUUCCAGCUCUGCAAGACUGUGCGCCAUGGCUUCCCCUAUCAACCCUCAGCAAUGGCUUUUGACGCUGUACAGAAAAUCCUCGCCAUAGGGACUCAGAGUGGAGCUUUGAGGUUGUUUGGGCGAGCAGGUGUGGAGUGUUACUGCCAACAUGAGAGCGGCUCUGCCGUCAUCGCGCUACAGUUCCUCAUCAACGAGGGGGCGCUGGUGAGCGCGCUGGCCGACGACAGUAUCCACUUAUGGAACCUGAGGCAGAAGCUGCCGGCGGUGCUACACUCGCUCAAGUUCAACAGGGAAAGGAUCACGUUUCUCCACCUGCCCUUCCAGAGCAAGUGGCUCUACGUGGGCACGGAACGGGGGAACAUCCACAUGGUGAACGUGGAGUCCUUCACUCUCUCAGGCUACGUCAUCAUGUGGAAUAAAGCCAUUGAACUGUCCUCUAAGACACACCCCGGCCCAGUGGUACACAUCAGCGACAACCCUAUGGACGAGGGCAAGCUGCUGAUUGGCUUUGAGUGUGGCAUUGUUGUGUUGUGGGAUCUGAGGACCAAGAAAGCAGACUACCGCUACACCUACGACGAGGCCAUUCACUCGGUCGCCUGGCACCACGAGGGCAAGCAGUUCAUCUGCAGCCACUCAGACGGCACCCUGACCAUCUGGAACAUCCGCGUGCCUGCCAAACCUGCCCAGAUCAUCACGCCUCACGGUAAGCAUCCUAAGGAUGGCAAGAAGCCGGAGCCAUGUAAGCCGAUUCUGAAGGUGGAGUACAAGACCACUAGAGCAGGGGACCCCUUCAUGGUGCUGUCAGGGGGCCUGUCCUAUGACACGGUGGGCAGACGGGCCUGUCUGACAGUGAUGCAUGGGAAGAGCACGGCCGUGCUGGAGAUGGACUACCCCAUCGUGGACUUCCUCACGCUGUGUGAAACGCCCUAUCCCAAUGAUUUCCAGGAGCCCUAUGCUGUGGUCAUCCUGCUGGAGAAAGACUUGGUAGUGAUCGACCUGGCGCAAAUCGGAUACCCCAUCUUUGAGAACCCGUACCCCCUGACCCUGCACGAGUCUCCGGUGACGUGCUGCGAGUACUUUGCUGACUGCCCCGCGGAGCUGAUCCCGGCCCUCUACUCCGUAGGCUCCCGGCAGAAGAGACAGGGCUACAGUAAAAAGGAAUGGCCCAUAAGUGGUGGCAACUGGGGCCAGGGGACGCAGAGCUACCCAGAAAUCAUCAUCACAGGACACGCUGAUGGGUCCAUCAAGUUCUGGGACGCCUCAGCAAUUAUGCUGCAGGUGCUGUACAAGCUGAAGACGGCCAAAGUGUUUGAGAAGGCUCGCAACAAGGAGGACAAGCCGAGCACGGACAUCGUGGACGAGGACCCGUUCGCCAUCCAGAUCCUGACCUGGUGCCCAGAGAGUCGCAUGCUGUGUGUGGCGGGAGUCUCUGCCCACGUCAUUAUAUAUCGCUUCAGCAAGCAGGAGGUCACCACUGAAGUAGUGCAGCUCCUGGAGGUGCGUAUGCCGUACGAGCUGAAUGACGUGGACUCUCCGGAGGCGGCGGGAGAACAGACCCCGGCCGUGUCCACGCCAGGGGCCACCUCCAGCCCCCAGUCGGCCCUGCCCCCCGCGCAGACACACCCGUCCACCAGCAGCAACUCGUCCGACGGACCCCGAGAUAACGUGCCCUGCCUCAAGGUGCGCUGUUCCCCUCUCAAGCAGUCUCCAGGCUACCAGGUGGACCUGGUGGUGCAGCUGCUAUGGGUCAGCGGGGAGCCCCCCCAACAGAUCACCAGCCUCGCCCUCAAUUCUGCAUAUGGCCUGGUCGUUUUCGGUAACUUUAACGGGCUGGCCGUGGUGGACUACUUCCAGAAGACCCUCCUGAUGAACGUGGGUGUCCAGGAGCUGUACGGCUUGGCCGACCCCUUCCAGAGGCAGCCGCGCUCUCCGCGCAAGGCCCGACAGCCGUCAGGAGGUGUCUGUGAUGUUAAUGACGGCUCCAAUGCCUCCGAGGACCGCUGCAAAUCCCCCACCUCAGGCUCCUGCUCUCCAUGCAAUUCUGACGAGGAGACCAAACACCAGAAGUUCAUAGAUAAGAGUACGGUAUUGUGUUUAACUCUCUCAACACUUUUUUUCCCCAUGAGAAUGAACGGUGUGACUCACUCCCUCACAUUUUGUGUUGUGGUGUUUUGUUUUGUUGGAACUAUUUCUCCAGUGAAGCAGAAAAGCAGGCGCUUUUCCAAGACGGUAGCCAAUGACUUAGCGAAGAUGUCACGGAAACUAGUCACGGUGCCUGAUCAGAAACAUGAAACUGUAGCUGAGCACAUUCAUAGACGGCGCUCUCUUCAGCCCAAGAAGCGUGUGUGUGGUGUAAGAUCGGCCGCCCAGGUCAGCAGGAACCGGGCCGGGAGCUCCAUCGUGCGGACCCCGUCGGCCCCCGACCUCCAUGCGAAGGACAGCUCAUUCAGCCGCUCGCGCAGCUCCAGCGUAACAAGCCUGGAGCGGGAAUCCCGCGAGAUCAUCUCCUCCUUUCACUUCAGCGAGACCCUGAGCCGCAAGGGCGAGGCGAUGCCGGGGCCCAGCCUGUGGGUGGGCACCUCGCAGGGCAGCAUGCUGGUGCUGCCCCUCACCGUGCCCGCCAGCAGCGAGCUACGCAUGCAGCAGGCACCCGCCGUCUCCUUUGGAGGUGUGGUGACGCGCCUGAAGGGCGGCAUCCUCUCCAUGGCCACGCUGGACUCGGCCGGCGCCCCCCUGCACCCGCCGUACGAGUUGUGGUACGACCCCAACCUGCCGGACGAGCGCGAGGAAAAGGACCGCUGGAAGCGGCGCCGGCCCGCCUCACCUCCCUCCGGCAGCCAGGAGGGGGCGCCGGACACCCACUACGUGGUGCUCUGCUCGGAGAAGCAGGCCGAGGUGAUCGUGCUGCCCGCGCAGACCAGCGCCUUCAAACACAACAUCACCGAGGCCUCGUUUGUGCUGCGCGCCGACGUGGUGCAGAUGAACACCGGCUGCUGUAUCGCCUGUUUCUGUGCCAACGGGCACAUCAUGGCGCUCAGUCUGCCGAGUUUGCGGCCUCUGUUGGAUGUGAACUACUUGCCCCUGACAGACAUGCGCAUCGCCAGGACCUUCUGCUUCUCCAACCUGGGCCAGGCCCUGUACCUCACCUCCCCCACAGAGAUACAGCGCCUCACCUAUAGCCAAGAGACCUGCGACAACCUGCAGGAGAUGCUGUGUGAGCUCUUCACUCCUGUGGAGACUCCAGAGGCGCCCAACAGAGGCUUCUUCAAGGGUCUGUUCGGAGGAGGAGCGCAGUCUCUGGACAGAGAGGACCUGUUUGGGGAGACAGCGGCGGGUAAGGCGUCCCGAAGCCUGGCGCAGCACAUCCCGGGGCCCGGGGGCAUGGAGGGCAUGAAGGGGGCCGCGUCGGGUAUUGUGGGCGAUCUGGCGCGUACCCGCAUGGCGCUAGACGAGAGAGGGCAGAAACUGGGCGAGCUGGACGAGCGGACGGCCGCCAUGAUGGCCAGCGCCGACUCCUUCUCCAAACACGCCCACGACAUGAUGUUGAAGUACAAAGAUAAGAAGUGGUACCAGCUCUGAUGCCAGCGCCAGAGGGCCGAUGUGGCUGAAGAUCCCCUCUCUCUUCCUCUUCUUCCUCUUCCUCCACUUCUUUUCUCUCUCUCUCUCUCUUGCUCUCCUUUUCCUCCAAUCCUCUUCUCAUCCCUCCCUCCCUCCCUCCCGGAGGGCUGACUGAUUGACAGACUGCCACUUCUUUAUCCGAGCACAAAACUCGCCCCGUUCGACCUCGGUCAUCUGAGGAGAGACAAGCGCACCAGAGGGACGGCGACCUUUCCCCCUGCCUCUCCACAACAGACCCCUGACCACCACCACCACCCCCUGCCCCCAGCCAGCCCGCGGAGCGCUGAGGAGAGAAGGAGAGAGGGAGGACGAGUGCAGAGGAGAACAUGAGAAAGAGGAGUUGUCAAGACAAGGAGAGGAGGAACAGCCUUUGUGUGUCUUGUUCACAUUAGCCACGCUGCCAUACUACUACUGCUACUUACUGCUACUGCUGUUAAGGAGAGAGAAAAAAACUACUGAAGGACAUAUGAAGGACAUCUCAUGCCUCCUUCCUCUGAAAAGAACAGGAAGUAGAUGAGGCCAAGUAAUGCUGGGUGUUGUAGUUCCAGACACUGGGAAGGGAAUGGGAAGGACACGACAGGCAGACAUGACAGACUCUCCCUCUCUUUCCCACAUCCAGUGACUUCAAUCGCUUAUCUGCUGUGUAUUUUAUAUGUUUGCCCGCCCGCCCACCCCAUGCCCUCUCCUAUGCCCCCUCCCAUGC